AUGCUUCAUUCCCAGGUCCCUUUUGAUACAUCGUUAUCGAACCGUUUACCUGCUCACCAUACCAGCUUGCCAGCAACGAACCCCGCAUACGAUUCCGAAGUGGUUCAUAUACUGCCUCAAGUGAACUCUGACAGUAACCGGAUGGUCACAGUCUCCCCAGCCAAAGAGCGGAUGGCGUCAACGGAGUUGCAGGCAUUACAGAUUCCAGAAUCUGUCGAUCCUUCGGCUGACCAUGAUUUCCUGUAUACGUCUCGUAGCCGUUCUCCUGAAUCUGCCGUUGAGGAACCACUACCAGCACAGAGCCAGUCCUCAAAGGCGGGGCAAAUGGUAGAAACCCAAGGGGAGCCUGGUACCGGCCUGUCUGCGUCUAGUCUCGACGCGGCUGACAGAGCUGAUCCGGUGGCUAUCCUGAGUGACCCUCGAAAACCAGAAAGUUCUCAAACUGCUGUUCCACGUCCAUCAGGUUCGAGUGGCGCGCCGGCACCGCUGACCUCCGUUACUCCAGCAGCCACAGGCACGAGAGAGACGUAUGCAACGUUGGAAUCUAGUAUUUCUGGAGUUGAUAUCAUCACAAUCCCUGACAACCUAUCCGAUAUGAUACGAAAUCCUGGGAUACAAAGCCGUCGCCCAAUGAAUAGUGGCUCGAGCAGCAAUCGUCCCAGUUCCGGUGAGAAUGGAAGCGAUGUCAACAGGCCGAAAGCAACAUCGACAAAUAGUGCAACAAAGAAAAUAAUUGAUCUGACUCUGACACAAAGUCCUACCAUGUUUGACCUGUUCAUGGAACAAGAAGCUGCGGAAGGCAUUACGCCUGGGGCAGACCUCGCUCCCACGCUCAUGGAAGAGGCAUCUGUGUCGCAAUGGCCUGAUGCCGCUUCUCAGCUUCAGACAACACAGACAGGAGAGAAGGAGUCUCCGAGCGAAGAAGAAGGGCUAGGGAAUCCAGAUGAUGACGAAGAAGAGAAUGAUGAAGAUGAAGAAGAGGAAGAUGAUAUUAACACAGAAGAGGAAGAUCCACAGCCACGUCGCACGUAUCCUGUCCCUCUUCCUCUUCCCAUUCCAAUCAGCUUCCCAUGGCUUGGAGGCCUCGGGGGAGGUGGCCUUGGUUUGCUGUCUGUUCGUGGACCGUCUGCUCCACAACCCGACUCGCCCGCUGUUCCUCCUCUAGACCCCUCCACGGCUCUAGGCGUUGGCAACGGCGUGCAUCCGCAUCUUUCUCCGUCCAUGCCUCUGAAAGUUGAAGAGGGUGUCAUUUCGAAUAUUGCGUCAUCGACGUCGAUGCCAGCAUUGCGCGCUUCCUCAGCUGGAAUGGCACCUGAUACUUGGUUCGCCCCCAAUGCUGGGAAUCAAGUUCUGCCACCUUCCUCUGGGGCUUUUCUCGAGCGCACCACCGCUCCUCCCGUCUUCACGUCGGUAGUUCCAAGUACCAUGGUUCCUCGCAUUUUCGAAGCAGAUCCAGGCCUUCCCAUUCCUGCUUCUCACUCGGUUGGUUCGACACCGUCAAGUGCCCCCCCUCAUACCCCGGCGCUGGCAAAUGCCGACUCGGUGGCGCCACCAACGACUCCCCUCUCUGUGGCUUUCGGGUCCGUUGGGGCUCGCCCGUUUCCCGACACACUGCCAGUAGCCUCAGAGGUGGCUAUUGCCCGGGUUUCCCCUCAGAAUAGCUACACGACAGGCAGCACUGGCGUACAUAGCCUGAGUCAAAACGGAAGCACUCCCCCAGCCUGGCAACCAACGGAGACACAACACUCUCUUCCAGUGUAUGGAAACACUCUCCCUCCCAGAAAUCAUGGUCCGGGGAUGCAUAGAUCUAUUUACUCAGCCUCAGGAGACGUGUCGCCAACAUCUGGUAUUGGCGUGAAACCAUUAGUGGGGGGGGAAGGUACGAUAUCUCGGCUGAGUGUUGCGACAGCACGGGAUCAAGCGUUUGCGGCGUCAACCAGUCCCAGACUACCCAGUUUGACACAGACAGCUCCAGGCUUAUCUCUCCUGGACGAUGUCCACGCUCGGACGGGUUCAGCAGCUGGUUGGGGCAGCAACAUUGCGGGUGCCGGCACUGUCUCGUCUUUCAGUAUCCCCUCUUCAUUGUAUCCGGAGUCAAUUCACUCCGUAUCUUCCUUCCAGGGUCCUUCGUCUCUCCACAGUCCAGCAUUUGCGUCUUCCACUCUGGGUUCCCCUAUUUCUUCUGGAUCGCCGCAUUCUAGCACCAAGAUUCCCACACCAUUAACAACGUCCACACCUUCGUCCCCUGCACACUCUGACACAUCAGGAUCGUUGUCGCCAGUGCUGGCAUCGACAACCACUGUUUUGCCUGAGCUUCCAAAACGGACACAACAGUCGAUCACAAGUCAUGACGUCCAUGAAGUUGCUAGAUCAUCUCCCGGAAUCUCUUCCACUACUCCAGCGGGGUUCUACUCGGGUUCCGUCAACCCGUCGUCCUUUAGUACUGAACUGAGUAACCUCGUGUAUUCAUCCACAACUUCCUCGGCCUUUGACAGUCCAGCUGGUACAACAGUAUCGUCACGAGGAGGAAAUCUUGGAGGUGCCAGAGCUUCGCCUGUCUCUAUUCCUCGUGGCCCUUCUUCCCUGUCUCACCCAGGAGCCAGCCCUUCUCUUUCUACUCCAGGUGUUUCAGCAGGUGCCGGAAUCAAGACAAGAGAAGGUGUGGGAUCGGGAGGCAUAGCAGCUGCAGGAUCUGCAGCUGCUGGAGUGUCGCGGCAGUUGCCCGGUGCGGUGACGGCAAUGCCGGCCAUUGUUCAGUCAGCAGAUCAGCUCUUCACUAGCACUUCGUCAUUUAUUGGGGUCGGCAACUCACUGAUCAAGAGUUUCCCCUUCGAAGAGGCUCUCGAGUGGAGCCAGCAGAGGAAUGAAGCGAGGAAAGAACAAAAGGAGAAGCCGCCCACGCACUUGGGACAGCCGUGGGUUCGGUGCGUGAGCAGCGGCAUGACUUGCUGCAUUCCUCAGAAAGCUGUCGGCGGAGACUGGAAGAAGAAGCCUCCGUACCUAAACGAAUCUCCAGCAGAAAAUCGUGCGUGUCAAGCGCAUUUCGUUCCCAUGCAGAACGCGGUCUGCGCCUCCACCGCUUACGAGGUUUCGAAGAAGGCCAUUGCCGAGAAACAACAACGUAGGGACAAAACCAACAAAGUGGCACAGGGUGUUGGAGCAGCUCUCAAGACUACGGCGCUUCUAACCCAGCAAGGCUCUGACGCCAUGCACUCUAGCCUUGCUGGCAUGGAGCGUGCACAAGGGGAUCCUGCAGCCCAGGUUCAGGAAAUAAGAGGUGGUGUAAAAGCAAUUGCCGACCUCCUCAUGAAAACCAGCGACACGAGUCCUGCAAUGUCAAUGGUCACCAAAGCUCUGGAUGACCUCGCUUACCUUCAAAAGAAGUGAAGACAUUGAUGAGAUUCAGGGUUCUUUGAUGUCAGCCUGCAUGUAUAGAGAAAUAGGUACAGAGCCAUUUGUUGAUACACGCCUGGAUGCUUCCGAGGCAUAUACUUGUACCUACAGGUGUAGGUGUAGCUGCUCGAAACCUGUACAUAUAGAGAUAUGUCUGCACGCAGACAUCAACGCAAAUAUAUGUACGGAUACAUAUGCAUAUGCGUACAUGGUUGCACUCCCUAAAUAAAGUAAUUUUGGGGGGAAAUACAUCGUACUCAAAUCGACCACGGGGCGCGUUGCUAGCGAAAGCAACCGCUGAUCUGAAGCCCGCUGAAAAGCAGCAGCACCAACAGUCGAUGACAUUAAUUCGUUACCAAGAAGACAGGUUACCCCUCUUCGAAUGUCCAAUGACAGCGAGUGCAGUCAGACUGCGCAAUGCUGCCCGAGUUGAACCAGUUGGCAGCAACGGCAACAUUGAUGGAUGCGCCGAAAAGUGUGAGUUCAUCUAGUUGAAGGUUAUUGAACCGUGAAUGGGCUUGCCGCCGUCUCUCCCACGUUCUGCUUCCGCAUCUUCGUUUCCAAACACGCGAACCAUCUCCUCCAUGUGUGAUCCACUAUGUGUCACAUCCUUGGUGCUCGACAAACGCGUUCUCGUUCGUCUAUGUACCUCUCAGUGUUGUUUACAGGUUCAGAAGUAUCAUAGAACACCUUUUUCCCACUUCUACCUCUGGCUGGGGCGCACACGAUGCUUACAAUACGCCGUGUAUUUGCUAAAACAGUGUCCUCCGACUGUGUCCUGAUGACACACCAUACAUUUUGUAGCAGAUCUAGUCACAAUUG